AUGUCCAUCGACGCUGUAAUUGCUGCAUUACCCUUCAGCCCUAUCCCGGAAGGGGAGUCCUACUGCGAGGUCACUCCACUGGCACAAAUCAUCACGCCCUCGUCUUCAGCAACCGCCUUGUACAGGGCGCCCACCUUCUCGUUCUACGUCAAGCAUGAGCCGAGCGGCAAAACCCUUUUCUUCGACCUCGGUAUUCGCUACGAUUGGGAAACGGGGUUCGCGGAAGACCUGAGGAACUUCAUAAAGCCUGCCCCGCCUGUAAUGGUUGGAGACGUGGGUGCAUUGCUCAAAGAAGGAGGAGCAAACCCGGAGGAUGUUUCUGGAGUCAUUAUCAGUCAUCGUCACUGGGACCAUACGGGCAACAUCGCGCCGUUCCCCAAGGCUGAGGUUGUAGGCGGCAUUGACACGUUUAAUGCUGACCUGGGUCGCCAGACGGCCGGUCGGCAGACGCUCGUCCUGGAUUGGUCCAGGGUCAAGAGCAGCAAGAUCGGGUCUUUCGAUCAUGCGUACGACUACUUUGGUGAUGGAAGUAUCUGGCUAUGCGACUCUGCUGGGCACACCGCAGGGCACCUGUCAGCUCUGGUCCGCACGACUCCUUCACCGAACGCGACAUACGUGCUCCUCUCGGGUGACACGUGCCAUCACCCGUUCCUCAUCUCACCCACAACCCACAAUUUCCGUCUAGCGACUUACCCUGCCCGCGGUGGGAGCGAUAACCCUCGUAAGCAUCCUGGGCUGCCCCCGCCUUGCUGCAUGCACUCGGAUAUGGAACGGGCGUGGGACACUGUCUGCCGCACGCGCCGCAUGGAGGCGGAGGACAAUGUCAUGGUAGUGCUUGGGCAUGACUAUGUGUAUUGGAGGGAGUGGCGGGAUAACUUGAACAGACUCUGGCCGAACAAGGCGGGCAUUCACGGCUGGAAGAAGGACGGUCUAAAGAUGGAACGGAAAUACGAGCCCGAGAAGUAUGAUAUUCAAUAGGGAGCUAACAACCCUGCAUUCAGGGCAAUUUCGAGGGUUGAUAGGGAACCGAUGAGCAUACG